CUACGACCCCAGCCACGACGCCACAAUAUGCGAUGCGAUCAUAGCCUGGCGGCAUCAUCAUAAAGAAAGAAGGUAUACAUCUCAGCUCGUCCCAAUCAUACUCUGAAAUAAUUGCGCAUCGUCUCUGCACAUUAUUACAAAUCACCGCUUAUUGUACCCAUCUUUCCACGUUCCGACUUGCUUGUCAUCACUAAACAAUGAUGGAUCUACCGAGUCUACCGACAGACAUAUAUCGCCUUCUUCUUGACCAACUCUCACGAUCAGACCAAAUCUCGCUGAGCCUUGUUUCCCACGCAUGCCGCAUGCAAUGCGAGCCAAUUGUCUUUCGCACUAUCACCGUGGGUGCUUGCAAAGAGCGAGGUCCAAGUAUGACUGCACGCAUCACUAAUGGCCUAACCUGGCCUUUUCGCACCAUUGCCUCUGGUGUACACCGGAACAACGGUCACAGCAACCCCGCAAGCAUCGUGAACAGUCUAAAACGGAACAAUGGUAGAUUGGCAAAAGCAGUACGGCACUUGGUCAUCCCAUCUUAUCCCGACCAUAGCUACAUCUCCACCACGACGAUUCUAAACAUCAUGGAAAGCACACAAAAUCUGGCAUCAUUUAGCUGGAACGCCAACUACCCUAUCCCCUUGCGUGUUCUCGAGGCGCUGCACCGCGAUCAUCCUUCAGCUCAGUUAAAAGUCACGAACCACAACCGCAAGGAUCUUGCUCUAGAUGAAGCUCUCCUGUCAUCACCUCAGCUUCACACACUCGACAUUACAGUCCGACGCAUCCAUCGGGGAACAACACGUCUGCAGGACGGGAACGACGAUCUCUCCAAUCUCAAGACCUUGCUCAUGCGGGGUGGCAACCUCAGGGUUCUACGAUUGCGUCUCAGCAAACUGGAACAUUUUUCUAUCGCUAAGAGAAGUCAGUACAACACUUCCACAGUUGUGGCCGUUGGCCCAUCUCACUUCCGAUUCCAGCAGACGGAUACGUUCCCCAUGCUCGAAGAGUUGGUCAUCUCCAGAGCCGAUAACCUUGCGCCUGUCUACGAGUUUAGCCCCAAGCACUGCAGCGAUUGGGCCUACGCAAUGGAUUGGAGUGAGAUGCGCAUCUUGGAUGUGGCCUCCACCAACUCCGAACACCUGCUUCGAGAAAUCGCUGGUUUAAUGCCAAAGCUACACACGCUGAGAUUGAACCCGUCCUCUAUCGAUCGCGAUACACUCGAAAGCUUCCUGCACACCGUGCCACUGUUGACAGAUCUCAAACUGGUCUCUGGAAGUACUUCGAAGGUGUAUAUUGGUAGCUUUGACAAAGCAGUCACGAGGGUUUGCGAAACCAUUGGACCUCAACUCCGCUCUCUUCAGAUCGAAUGCAAAUUCCGUUUGACUAUGCCAUGGCAGUCUGCUCGCUUCCAGGAGGUACUGGGGCUAUGUCCGCAGCUUAGAUACUUCGAAAGUAUCAUCGAUGGGCUGGGUUCGACCGGCGAAUGGGAAGGAGAUGUCGUCAGCAAGCCGGCUUCGUACAAGUAUGCGUUGAUGUCAUCCACUAGCACUAGGGAAUCAGUUGAUCCCUAUGCGUCAUGCUGUGGCACGGGAAUAAAUGUACCGCCUGAAUGCGUCCCCCGGUACACAGCUCUCCCGCGAAUAUAGCGGACGUCUAGUCCACGUGUAUCUUUUCUCUCCUACAUAAUCACCGCGCUAUGAGUCUUCGUACUCUUUUCCAAAUACCUUAGCCAGACCUUGUUC